UCCACCUUGGCAGCCCUGAAAACUGCCCCCAAGGAGAAGCCCCCCGCCACCAUCGAUGGGCUGUGCCCCCUGAGCAAGGCACCGGGCGCCCGGGUCUAUGAGGACUAUGACUGCACCCUGAACCAGACCAACAUCAGUGCCAACAACAACAAGUUCUACAUCAUUCAGCUCCUUGAGCACGAUGGUGCUUACAGUGUCUGGAACCGCUGGGGCCGUGUGGGGGAGGUGGGCCAGUCCAAGCUCGUGCCCUCUGCCUCCCUGGAGGCUGCCAAGAAGGACUUUGAGAAGAAGUUUCGGGAGAAGACCAAGAACAGCUGGGCGACAAGGGAGAACUUCGUUGCCCAACCUGGGAAGUACACGCUCAUCGAGGUGCAGCCAGGGGCCGAGCAGGAGGUGGAGGUUGCCCUCAGGGUGGAUGGCGUGGACGGGGACAAGGUCUGCAAGCAGCGGGUGCUGCCCUGCACCUUGGACAAAGCCACACAGGACCUGGUGUCCCUCAUCUUCAGCAGCGACAUGUUCCGGGAUGCCAUGCAGACCAUGAAUAUUGAUGUGAAGAAGAUGCCUCUGGGGAAGCUGAGCAAGCAGCAGAUUGCAAGGGGCUUUGAGGCGCUGGAUGAGCUGGAGGCUGCACUGCAGGAGCAGCCCCCCCAGGCCGCCCGCCUGGAGGACCUCUCCUCCCGCUUCUACACCAUCGUCCCCCAUAACUUCGGGCGGGCACGGCCACCCCCCAUCAACUCCCCCGACCUGCUGCGUGCCAAGAAGGACAUGCUGUUG